UUAGAAAAGCCAGCCUAGUGGAAAGUAGGUACGUUUAACAAGGAGCCAUCCUUCUCCCUACUGGCCCGUGUUGUGUAAUUGUGUGCUCCUGUGCACUGAGCUGCAUACAAGGCCUGGUUCAACAAACAGCCGUAGUUCUCUCUCAGCAGAUGGCCUGCCUAUGAGGGCACAGACUCUACACUUAGCCAUGGCAUCUGUGUCAGUCAGCUCUCGUCUAAACAAGGCCAUCCAUCAGCACUACAUGUCCCUUCCACAGGGGGACCUGUGUCAGGUCACCUACAUCUGGAUCGAUGGCUCCGGGGAGGGGCUGAGGAACAAGACUCGCACCCUGGACAGAGAGCCACAGGGAAUAGAGGAUAUUCCAGAGUGGAACUUUGAUGGCUCCAGCACCUACCAGGCCGAGGGAUCCAACAGUGACAUGUUCCUGAUCCCAGUGGCGAUGUUUAGGGACCCUUUUACACUGGAAUCCAACAAACUGGUUUUGUGUGAGGUCCUGAAGUACAACCGCUUGCCUGCAGAGAGUAACCUGCGGUCAGGUUGUAAGAAAGUGAUGGAGGAAGUGAAGCACUAUAUCCCCUGGUUUGGAAUGGAGCAGGAGUAUACUCUCCUGGGGAUGGAUGGUCGCCCCUAUGGCUGGCCCCAAAAUGGUUUCCCAGGACCCCAAGGUCCAUACUACUGUGGGGUUGGUGCAGACAACGCCUAUGGAAGAGACAUUAUGGAGUGUCACUACAAGGCAUGUCUCUAUUCUGGAGUCAAAAUUUGUGGCACCAAUGCUGAGGUCAUGCCAUCUCAGUUUGAAUUCCAGGUGGGUCUGUGUGAGGGGAUAGAGAUGGGAGACCACCUAUGGAUGGCACGUUUCCUGUUGCACCGUGUGUGUGAGGACUUUGGAGUUGUAGCCACUCUGGACCCCAAACCAAUGAAGGGGAACUGGAACGGGGCGGGCUGCCAUACCAACGUUAGCACAAAGGAGAUGAGGGAAGAAGGGGGGCUGCAACAUAUUGAGCAGGCCAUUGAGAAGCUGAGCAAGCGCCAUUCCCAGCACAUAUGUGUGUACGACCCUCACGGAGGCCAGGACAACAUCAGACGCCUCACAGGCUUACAUGAAACCUCCAGCAUCCAUGACUUCUGUUUUGGUGUGGCCAACCGCGGGGCCAGCAUCCGGAUCCCACGCCAGGUGGCCCAGGAGGGGAAGGGAUACUUUGAAGACCGCCGGCCCUCCGCCAACUGUGACCCGUAUGCCGUGACUGGUGCCAUCGCAAGAACCUGCCUGCUCGGGAUGGAGGAGGAAGAGGAGAGUACAUGAGAGAGUGACCAGACUCAUAAACACAUAUAAUCCUGUAUUUGGUGGAAACUGUCCCUUAGAUUUGGCAUGAUUGUGCGAUAGAACUAUAUUGUAACCAAAUAAAUCUAUACUUAAGACUACUGGUCGGGGGCCUCCUGAGUGGCGCAGCGGACUAAGGCUCUGCAUCGCAGUGCUAGAGGCAUCACUACAGAUGCGGGUUCGAUCCCAGGCUGUAUCACAACCGGCCGUGAUCAGGAAUCCCAUAGAGCAGCGCACAAUUGUCCCAGCAUUGUUAGGCUGGGGGGGCUUUACUUGGCACAUUGCUUUAUAUUGAAUACUACUCGUUGGAUGCUUUAAAGUUUCAUUACUUGAAUGCAGGUUGAAUGUUAAUUAUAUUUUUCAGUCUUUGGUAAUUGCAGCUGGUCCAAUGGGCAUAUUAUUCAGUUUGUUUAAUGUUUAUUGUUUGAAGUUGAGAUUGAAUAAAAUGAAGCUGAAUUGAAUACAAACCACAUGUUCUUUAAAAUCACUACUAGAUGGAAUCCCAAUGCAAGUUUUAAUUGUCCCCCUUCAUACUGGACAUGAAUGACAAUGAAAUGAGUAUUUCCCACGAGCUAACCUUUUACUGUAAAUUAUUUGAAUAUAUUGACAACACAUGACAACCAGUCAAAUAAGACUGUAAAUGCAUUGAAUUAAGUUAGCUAAUUCAUUACCAACAAUUCAGCAAGAGGAGGCCUGCUCACUGUCAUCUGCCAUGUCUCUCCAUACUUUCCUUCUGUCCUAUGUUGACACCCUGGCUCAACCUUAGCACCCUAGCCUUAACCGUAGUUUCAUGUUUACUCCAUUGCUCAGCCUUAACCCUAGCUUCAUGUCCACACACCCUGGCUCAACCGUAGCACCCUAACCUUAACCGUAGUUUCAUGUUUACUCCAUUGCUCAGCCUUAACCCUAGCUUCAUGUCCACACACCCUGGCACAACCUAACCCUAGCUUCAUGUCUACACCCUUGUUUCAACCCUUACCAUAGACAUAACCCCAACUCUAACCCUGCUGUCUAUAUAUUAGUGUAAACACUGUCUGUGCUGAAUAACAUAGCUGAAUCUGGGACCAAUUUAACAACCGUCAUCAUGCAGACCAUGACGUAAAAAGAAAAACUGCGUCAUGAGACCAUGAUGUAAAAACGAAAACUGAACUGACUUCCAUAAAACUGAUAUUUGAUGGAAAACAUUCUACUGCAGUAAAAAGUUGUUACUUGUUACUGCAGUAAAAAGUGCAGUUAUUAUAUUGCUGUAGUAUUGCAGUCAAAGUGCAAUAAACAGUUAUGUCACACCCUGA